UGUAAAAACAAACAUUGAUCAACAAGUCAUCACCUCCGACUUCCCAAUUCUAUCCUUUAAAUCAAUUUGAUAAACUGUUGUCGUGUGAGUAAGUGAAAUCGUAGGAAAAGAAAUGGUUGGUUACUAUUUACUGCGUCUUAAAUCCAUUGAAACCAGUUUGAAGGCCAUUGUUCAAAAAAUUCGUUUCACGAACGGUUCUGUUGAGCGGAUUCGUAAUGUGAGUCGAGUGCAAUGUCGGACGAUUUCCGGCGUCUCUUCAACCUCGACGUCGGUCGAUAAAAACAUAGUCUAUUCUCGUCACCAGGAUUUCGAUUACCGUAGUCAAACAGUAAUCCAGCGCAUCUUCGAAAAGGCUUCUUUAUGGCCGAAUCUUACGGCUAUGGAAUGCGGAUUGACUGGCCGCAAAUACACGUACGGCCAAUUAAUUCAAUUGAUUCGUCGUUUCGGCAGUUCACUGACUCGGAUGGGAUUUAAGAAAGGUGAAGUGUUUGGAAUUAUUCUUCCGAAUCUUCCGGAAUUUCCUAUUGUUUUACUCGGAGCGGCCGGUAUCGGAAUGCCAGUGACUACCGUGAAUCCUACCUACACUGUCGAAGAAAUUGCGCGCCAAUUUCAACUUUCUGGUGCUACUGCCGUCGUGACUACUCCGCAAUUGGCGGAAACCCUUCGCCAAGUGGCUCAACUGUGUCCGGAAAUUCGUCGUCUCAUCGUUAUUGGAAAUCCGGAAGAAGGAUUCGCUUCCCUUGAAGACAUGCUUCAAGAUUCCGGUGAUCUUUUCGACGAAAAUAUUGACAUUAUUCCAUCCGAAGACAUAUUUGUGCUUCCAUUUUCAAGCGGGACCACUGGUCCUCCUAAAGGUGUUAUGCUUACCCAUUCCAAUGUGUGUGCCAACACUACUCAAAUUGGGCAUCCAGGAACAAUGAAGAUUGCCUACUGUCCAGCGACAUCCAAUGAUUCAUCAGACUCGCAAGAAGUCAUUAUUUGCGUACUCCCGUUCUUCCACAUGUAUGGGAUCCUUCCCGUUAUGUUGUCUGGUUUAGAUCACGGAGCCAAACUGGUGACUUUACCUCGUUUCGAAAGCUCUUCUUACCUCAACUCUUUGCAUCAACAUAGGCCAUCGACGCUACAUCUUGCACCUCCACUAGUUUCGUUCCUCGGACUUCGCCCUGAUUUAAAACUUGAAGCCUUUCAUCGAUUGCAUACGGUCGUUGUUGGCGCCGCUCCAUUAGGACCAGCUGCAGCCACUAGGUUUAUCGAGCGUAUUAGGAAACCGGAUUUGUUAAUGCAAGAAGGCUAUGGAAUGACCGAAACGUCAUGUGUUUGCCAUUUGACUCCAAUAGAAAAUGGUCUAAUUGGUUCAAUUGGAGAGCCGCUAUCUCGAACCCAAGUUAAAGUUGUUGAUGUCGAUACCGGUCUAUCUCUCGGACCUGGUCAACAUGGAGAGGUAUGUAUAAAGGGACCGCAAGUGAUGAAAGGUUACUACAAGAAUGAAAAAGCCACAAAAGAAACUAUCGACAGCGAUGGAUGGCUUCACACUGGAGACAUGGUCUAUUAUAACGAACAAAACCAGUUCUUCAUUGUUGAUCGAUUGAAAGAGCUCAUCAAAGUGAAGGGACUUCAGGUAGCCCCAUCGGAAUUGGAAGAUAUUUUACGACGUAUUCCUGGUAUUUUCGACGUUGCAGUUAUCGGUGUCCCCGAUGACAUUGCUGGCGAACUUCCUCGAGCUUAUGUUGUUAAAAAGGAAGGUAUCUCGUUAACUGAGAAAGAUAUAAUUGAAUUUGUCGAUGCAAAAGUGUCCCAUCAUAAAAGGUUGAAGGGCGGAGUUAUCUUUCUUGAUGUGAUUCCCAAAACUGCCACAGGCAAAGCAAUGGCGGGUCUCAGCAUUCAACGUCUCAAAUCGUUGGAAACUGGUGUGAAGGCAAUUCAAGCCAUCCGUUCCAAGACUGCUAGUCGAACUGCUGUACAGCUUCUUAAGCCGAGUGUCCAGAUUCGGGCAGUGUCUUGUGCAACAUCGGUCGGUAACUCGUCGAUCGAUAAGAACAUCGUGUAUUCUCGUCACCAGGAUUUCGAUCUCCGCACUCAAACAGUUGUGCAGCGCUUUAUUGAACGAGCUUCCUUGUGGCCGAAUCUCACAGCUACGGAAUGUGGUUUGACUGGUCGCAAAUACACGUAUGGCCAAUUAAUCGUUUUGAUCCGCCGUUUCGGCAGUGCUCUAGUUCGAAUGGGUUUUAAGAAAGGUGAAGUAUUCGGAAUGCUUCUUCCCAAUCUUCCGGAAUUUCCAAUUGUUUUACUCGGAGCGGCCGGUAUCGGAAUGCCCGUUACCACCGUGAAUCCUAUUUACACUGUCGAAGAAAUUGCGCGCCAAAUGCAACUUUCUGGCGCCACUGUCGUUGUGACUAUUCCGCAAUUGGCGGGAACUCUUCGCCAAGUGGCUCAACAGUGUCCAGAAAUACGCCGCCUAAUCAUUAUAGGACAACCUGAAGAAGGAUUUGCUACUUUUGGAGAAAUGUUGCAAGAUUCCGGUGAUCUUUACGACGAAAAUAUAAACGUUAAUCCAACAGAAGACAUAUUUGCGCUCCCUUAUUCAAGCGGAACAACUGGUCUUCCCAAGGGUGUUAUGCUCACCGAUGCUAAUAUCACCGCUAACAUACAACAACUUUUGCAUCCAACAGCAAUGAAACUUACUUCUCCACCACCGACCAGUAACGCAACCGACGAGCUUCAAGAGGUUUACGUUGUCAUUCUUCCGUUUUUCCACAUGUAUGGAAUGGUUGGCGUUAUGCUGACUGGUUUGGAUCUAGGAGCGAAAAUGGUUAUUCUUCCUCGGUUUGAAGGAGAGUCUUACGUCAAUUCUCUACAUCAACAUCAUCCGUCAACACUUCAUCUUGUGCCUCCACUUGUGGCGUUUCUGGGACUUCGACCUGAUUUGAAACUGGAAGCCUUCCAGCGAUUGCAUACGGUCGCCAUUGGCGCCGCUCCGUUGGGCACAGCUGUUGCCACCAGAUUCGUCGAGCGUUUAGGAAGGGCUGAUCUCUUGAUGCAAGAAGGUUUCGGAAUGACUGAAACAACUUCUGCUUGUCAUUUAAGCCCAGUGAAGAAUAAUCAAAUCGGUUCGUUUGGUGAGCCGUUACCGCAGACCCAUGUUAAGGUUAUUGAUGUCGAUACCGGUGAAUCGCUUGGACCUGGACAACCCGGAGAAAUGUGUGUACAAGGCCCACAAAUGAUGAAAGGAUAUUAUAAAAACGAAAAAGCUACCAAAGAAACAUAUGACAGUGAAGGAUGGCUCCACACUGGAGAUAUGGUUUACUACAAUGAACAAAACCAGUUUUUUAUUGUCGAUCGCUUGAAAGAGCUUAUCAAAGUGAAGGGACUUCAGGUAUCACCUUCAGAGUUGGAAGAUGUUUUACGCCGCAUUCCUGGCGUUUUGGAUGUUGCAGUGAUCGGUGUUCCAGAUGAUAUUGCUGGCGAACUUCCUCGAGCUUAUGUUGUUAAAAAGGAAGGCACCCCGUUGUCCAAGGAAGAUAUUAUGGAAUUUGUUGACGCAAAAGUUUCUCAUCAUAAAAGGUUGAAGGGUGGAGUUGUCUUCAUCGACUCUAUUCCCAAAACAAACACUGGCAAAAUUCUCCGCCGUGAACUAAAAAAAAUGCUAUAAUUUUACAGAGUUCUGAAUUUUAUGAAAAACUAAAGUUUUAAAAUUAAAGGCUGGUAAGGUAACGGGUAUUUUUUCUCAUGCUGUAAUUGCGAGUAGUUGUGAAACGAAUUUUAAUUGGAAUCUCAUGUCUUUCGCUUUCUAACGUUGGCAUUUAAAAAAAUGAAUAAAUCACAUCACAAUACACAUAAUACACAUAUUCAGAACCAAG